AUGUCUUUUUCAUCUAUCUUAUCACAGGAUAUCACAGAUGACAUUACACCACCAGCGUAUUCCGCCACCUUGGGGUCGAGAGAACAGAUUGUUUUCAGAGCUUACCAAAAUGAACCUUGGUUGGCUGGUACUGCUUCGAAUCUUAUCUUAGAUAAAAAACUUGUUAUUGUAGACAGAGAACUGUUGUUCCAGGUGUUGAUGGUAGAGAAUAUCACCAAAUCCAAGCUAACACAGAUCGAUGAUAUAAAAACCAAGCUGGAUCCGAAAAAACAGAAAGUGGAUAGACUACGAUCAGGCGCGCAAGGAAAUGGCGCUAAGAAGUACGAGGUCAUCACUCAAGUGGACAUGGAAGAUGACGGGAAUGUGGCGGAUAACAACUGCGCCAAGGAAAAUAAUAGCAACAAUAAUAGCAGUGCCGCCAAGAAUAAAGCAGUGUUUAAAUUGACACUACAAAGUAAGUCGGGCGACGUUUUUUUUGCUAUCAACUCGACUCCAAUAUCUUGGAGCUCUUGCAUGCUGGGUUCUAAAAUUGUGAUACUGCCGGGAACUGUGUUCAAUAGGGGCGUUUUCAUAUUGAAGGACUCACAAGUCAUUUUUCUCGGCGGCAUUAAUAGAGUUUGGAAUGAAAAUAGAGAUCAGAAAUUUUGUGAUUAUUUGGAAUCUAAAUUACAACGUGACAAACAACUUGUAAAUGGCGGCUCCAAGAAAAGGAAAGCCAAUGAUUAG